AUGAAUUCAUCGUCGCGGAAAUGGCGCUCCUCGACAUGGUUUAUUGUCACGCAAUGGCCGUGGCUCUGUUUACUGGUGUCUUCUGGAUUGACUCGGGUCGGACAUCUCUGGGCUGACACUAUUGUCGUAACAGACACCUUUCUCGCCAGCUUCAUAGUCCCUAUUGUUCCCUAUAUCGUGGAAGAUCGAUUGGGUCUCAAUCCUCGCUAUACACAAAGCAUUAGUUCCUGGCUGUUGGCGGAGAAUACGGCGGUCAGCGUCGUCGUCCGGAUGCCUCUCGCCCACUAUGCGGAUCAAUCUGCUUCCAAGCGAAGUUGGUUACUCUGGGCCCUGGUGAUAUGCCUAAUCAGUACCAUAGCUACUGCAUUUGCGCCAUCCCUGUUCGUCCUGUUCAUCGGUCGGUUUGUUCAGGCCUUCUCCAGCAGCAUCAUGUGGGUGGUGGGUUAUACGACCGUGGCAGAUAGCGUCCGACUUGGACAUAUCGGUAUGGUGUAUUCCAUGAUAUACACGGCGGUGUCGCUGGGAACCUCAUCCGAACCCAUGCUUUCUGGGAUCCUAUUCCAAUUGGCUGGAUACUGGUCGGCUUGGGCCUGUGCUUUUGCGGUGAUCGCGAUCGACAUAGGCUUCCGGCUGUUAAUGCUAGAGAAGAACUAUGAUGAAAAGACCGGCAAGUCCAUUCCCUCGCGGUCGCAGGCUCUCGAUCUGGGCCCACAGUCUGAGCGAGCUCCAUUUAUCGACCUCGAGGAUGCUGAUCUUGACCCCCAUGCGAAACCGAAAACGUCUCCAAAUUUUUACCGAUGCAUUUUCAGCAAGCGCAACUUUGUCUGCGGGAUAUAUUGCAGUUUCACGUUUGGCUUGCUAAUGACAACCUUCAAUACGACUGUGCCUUUGCAUGUUCGUGAAGUAUUCAACUGGGGCGGCAUGCCCUCCGGUCUCAUGUUUGCUGCGCUGCAGGCUCCGCGUUUGGUGAUGUCUCCAAUUGUCGGCUGGUUGAAAGACCGGGUAGACUCGCGAAUGCCCACGACUGCCGGACUUGCCAUCCUCGCACCCCUAAUGUGGUUAUUAGGAGUUCCGGGUAACCCUUCAUUCCCAUGGGCUAAUUUCGGGACAAGGGGUCCUGUUCUGUAUGUGUUGACAAUGUGUGCCAUCGGGAUCCAGUCCACAUUCUUGAAUGGAGGCGGGACAAUCGAAGCUACCAUGGCCGUUGAUGAGCUUGAUAAACAGUACCCCGGGGCCUUUGGGCCCAACGCUGGCAAGUCACGGGCCCUUACAAUGGUCAGUGUUUCUUAUAUACUGGGCGCCUGUGUGGGCCCUGUGUUGGCUGGAGCGCUCAAUGAGCGGUUUGGCUACUAUGUUAUGGGUUGUGUUCUUGCCGCACUAUGUGCUUUCUCUAGCGUGGUUUUAUUCCGUGGUCUUCUAUCGAGGCCGAAAUCUUGA